GGUAUUACCCCCACUUUCGGUCCUUAUUGCGCGUGUGCGUGGUACCCUAACCUGCAAAACCUUUGAUCUAAAAUUAUCAAAUAUUAUUAAGUAACACGUGAUUUAACUGCAAUAAUGUCGUUACUCGCGCGCAACUUUUCCAAAAUCCUGGUCCAGGCCACACAGACGGCGGGCGUCCGCAGCCUCCACUCGUCGCUACCCUCCCUCAAUGAGACCGGCAUUUCCGAGCGCCCUGACACGCGCAUCACUUGCACCCUCAUCCCCGGGGAUGGAGUGGGCCCCGAACUGGUCUACUCCGUCCAGGAAGUGUUCAAGGCGGCGUCGAUCCCCGUCGACUUCGAGUCAUAUUUCUUCUCGGAGGUGAACCCCACGCUGAGCGCCCCCUUGGACGACGUCGCCAAGUCAAUUUCGAAAAACCGGGUUUGUCUCAAAGGCAUUCUGGCGACGCCGGAUUACAGCCACACGGGGGAGCUCCAGACUUUGAACAUGAAGCUGCGGAACAGUCUGGACCUCUACGCCAACGUGGUGCACGUCAAAUCGCUCCCGGGGGUUAAAAGGCGCCACGAGGACAUCGACUGUGUCAUAAUCCGAGAACAGACGGAGGGCGAAUACUCGGCAUUGGAGCACGAAAGUGUGAAAGGGGUUGUUGAGUGUCUUAAGAUCGUAACAGCGAAAAAAUCGCAAAGAAUCGCAAAGUUUGCCUUUGAUUACGCAACGAAAAAUAACAGGAAGAAGGUGACGGCCGUCCACAAGGCCAACAUUAUGAAGCUGGGGGACGGUCUCUUCCUGCGGAGCUGCGAGGAGAUGGCGAAAUUGUACCCCAAAAUAGAGUUUGAACGAAUGAUUGUCGAUAAUUGCACCAUGCAGAUGGUGUCAAAGCCCCAGCAGUUUGACGUGAUGGUGACCCCCAACUUGUACGGGAACAUUGUAGAUAAUUUGGCCUCGGGACUCGUGGGGGGCGCCGGAGUCGUCGCAGGGGCCUCGUACUCCGCCAACUGUGUCGUUUUCGAACCCGGCGCGCGCCACACGUACUCCGAGGCCGUGGGCAAGAACGUGGCCAACCCCACGGCCAUGCUCCUGUGCUCGGCGAAGCUCCUGAGGCACGUGAACUUGCCGCAGUAUGGGGACAUGAUCCGGAACGCGAUCGAGCAGGUGCUCAAGGACGGCAAAAUCCGGACUAAGGACAUCGGGGGACAGAACAGCACGCAGGAGUUUACCUACGCGGUCAUCAAUAACCUUAAAAUGCCUUCCAGAGUGUAGAUUAGUUUUUUGUAAUUUUUUUUUUUGGUAUAAUUUAUUUGGCAUACGAAGUGUGUAUAUUGUAAAUAAAUAGGCUCCAAGCUCAGUGAUCCUCAUAGUACUCAGUAUUUAUUGUAAAUUGACGACUUGUUAGGAAAUGAAACGUGUUUUUGCUGCAUAGUGUUAUUAUUAAGGAAAUUUACGAUUAAAUGCUUCAAAGAAA